UCUGAAAUGAGAGUAGACUCUUCAAAAGCUCAAGUACAUGUUUUCCACUGCAGUGGUUCAUCAAGUGAACCAUUAAACUACAAAUUGUGUGUGAACUGCAGUUUCGGAGCUUAACAUAGCUUUUAUUAUAAUGCUUAGUAAGAUGUUAUCUAUAAAUACUUAGGAAAAUCUGUCAGAGCUCCACCCAUGAAACUGAGGAACCUCCUUCUCGAAGGUGUUUUAUUUCCUCAACACCUGCAGUAUAAAUAAGCUUGAAAACUACCUGAUGUUCAGCUUUUGAGCCUGAUAGCAGCAGAUAGUUUUCUUUUCUGUCAAAAGCAGUAAUGAGUAAAGAAGUGACAUGCGGAGGAUGGUCAGAGACCAGGCCAGCCAAUGAGGAAGUUUCUGCGCUUUCUAAAUUGAUGCAGAAAAUUGCAGAGGCAAAUACCAACAGAAAGUUUAAUGAAUUCAAAGCAAUUGAAUACCGAUCACAAGUUGUGGGAGGUAUGAAGUAUCUGAUUAAGGUUCAGGUGAGAGAAAACGAUUACGUCCACCUGCAGGUCUUCCAAAGCCCUCUGCAGGAGGGCAAAAUUGAAACUAAAUUUGAGGGAGUGCAGGAUGGCCACAAGCGAGAUGAUCCUCUCGAACCGUUCAAGCCCUUCUAAAGUGAAAACACUGCCUGAUCCAGCUUCCUCCAGACGGCUGCUUCAAAGAAAAAUGUCUUUGUAUUGUUAUGAGCAAGAUUACUACAACAAUACUCUGUUAUAAUACAAGUUGAGUCAAAUAUCUGUAUCACUUGAACCUGUAAGGGGGAUGUCAAAUGUCAUAAAAUGACUCAAUAAACAAGAUUUAUACAGGA